CCAGUGCUGCUGUAGUGGCACUGGCACUUUUCAUUGCCACUUACUUGAAGACUUUGUUUUGUGAUUAACCUUUAUAUGGCCGGACAUACACUUUAUCAAUCCAUUUCUGGAUUUGCAGCUGGACUAACUGUUUUGACUGUUGGCUGUACGGUGGGAUGGACCACGGUUGCGUUGAAAAAGCUGCGUUCCAAUGGUAGUGAGAUUCCCAUCUCCAGUUCGCAAGGAUCUUGGAUAGCCUCCUGUCACGAGCUAGGACACAUCAUCAGUCCAAUACCUGCUGGUUACAUCUUAGGAAAGAUUGGACCGAAGAAAUGUAUGCUUAUAUCAACAAUUAUAGUGACAAUCGGUUGGAUCCUAAUAAUCACUACUCGUUCUGUACCAGUAUUGUACCUCGUCAGAUUCCUAUUUGGCAUUUCAAUGGGGACAGUAUUUACCGUCGUACCUCUGUACAUAGCCGAAAUAUCAAACCCUGAGGUCAGAGGUGCUUUGAGUACCGGGUUUGAAACAAUGUUGUACCUCGGACAUGUUAUAGAGUUUGCAAUAGGCCCAUAUGUUUCCUAUAACACUCUAGCUCUAACAUCAAUUACAAUACCUGUUGGAUUUUUAAUCCUCUCAUUUUGGAUGGUAGACUCGCCCUACUUUUUAUUAAAGGAAGGCCGAUAUUUAGAAGCUAGACAAACAUAUUCUAAAUUAUCAGGGAUUAAUGAUGAUCAAGAGAUCAUCAAUCAUUUGGCCGGUAUGGAAGAACAUUUUGAGAACGGUAAAAAAAGUAGUUUGAAAGAUCUGUUUGGAAGCCGUGUUUAUUUUCGGUCGCUUUUAAUUGUUUUGGUUCUCGCAGUUGUUCAAAGGUUUAGUGGAAUGUCUGCUGUAGUUGCUUACGCCUCUUUCAUCUUCCCAACGACAAUUGGAGGAUUGUCGUCUAGUGAAUACACGAUAUUGUUUGGUGUUAUUACACUCCUUUUUACCUUUGUAUCUGCAGCGUUGAUGGACAGAGCCGGAAGAAGGAUUUUAACGAUAACUUCAUGUUUUGGAAGUUUCAUUGUUGAGUUUUUAACAGCAUUAUACUUUUUUUUGGAUCAACAAUCUUUAGUUGAUACUUCCCAUGUUACUUGGUUGCCGUUCCUAACUAUUUCAAUGUACGCUGGUUUCUACUCGGUAGGAAUGGGGCCAGUAGUAACUACGAUACAGGGAGAAUUAUUUCCACCGAAUGUAAAAGGGCUGGCAUCAUCAAUAGUCGCGAUAGUACAUGGUGCUUCGUCCAGUUUAGUAACUAAGAGUUACCAGAUAGUUACUGAUUCUUUUGGGGUUUAUGUUAGUUUUUGGCUUUUCUCAAUAAACUGCUUGCUGGGGUCAAUUUUUGCAUAUUUUAUAAUGCCCGAGACAAAAGGGAAAACCCUCUUAGAGCUGCACAGCAGAUUGUAAUAUUGUGUGGUUUUUUUAUUUUGGUAUUAACAACUAAUUAAAUUCUGAGUUUUUUCAAAGGACUACCCACAUAUUUUAGAGUUUCAAAGGUUGAAGGAUUGGCGUUUUGAUUUUUAUUGAUGCGUGGUUUUGAAGUUCAGCAUUAUGAGUAAUAUAUAUAACUUUGAGUUAUGAAAACCAAACUUCUAAGACAGACCUUAACUAUACUGUUUUACAUUUUAAUUUUGCUCAAAUAAAUCUAAAAGAUCAAUCAAUACAAGAAUACCUUUUUAUUAUCUGACAACUAAAAUCAUAAAUUCUGUUGUACUUAUUCAAAUAAUUAUGGCUCUUAUAAUAAAAAAAGGGGCAGACAAGCCUAAUGUGAAGGCUUAAUUAAUUGUAAAUUUGAUAUAUUUAUUAUUUAGCAUUGAAGUCCUUUUAGGAAAUUUGUGUAUUACCUUUAUAUCUGUGAUAAAAACAUAUUUCUUACAACAUUGAUUAACAUCCCAAUUUACGAUGUAUUUGCUAUUACGUUUACUACAAGUAUAGAGUCUUUAAUCUCCUACCUUACUGAAAUGCAUAUGUACGUUGUAAAUUCACAAGCUAUGUAGAUAUUGGCAAUCGAUUUGAGGCGGAGUGCAUUAGGUGAUGUUUCCCACAUUAUAUGGAUGCUAUUCAUAAAUAUUUCAAUUACACUGGUUUUAUACAGGGGUUUUUGCUUAGUUUUGUACUAUGACUGUCUGUAAUUAUUCUAAUGAUAGCUAGAAAAUCUAUGGAGGAUCUAUCUCUAUAUGGAGGCAAAAGGUGUUAAAUAAAAUGUUACAUUAAGUUCAAAACUUAAAUAGUCAAGAGAUUUGGGAGCCACAGUAGGACAACUACACGUAGUAGAACUAAAAUGCAAAUUUACAGUUAAUAUUUUACAAUUUUCUCAAAGUUUAAUUUUGAUUGUGGCUCAGUGAACAAAAUGUUUCAUCUCAUCUCUUUGCUGUGAGUACAAUCGCAAAUCAAACUAGGUUUCUCCACUUUUGAGAUUUUUCAGAGGUAAGUUUAACCAUACUAGGCCUACAAAUUAUGUAUGACAUUUUCACAUCUUCUGAUCUUGUCUCUGUCAGUUUAGGUAGGAUAAUUAUUACUUUACACAAAUAAGUGAUCAAAAUGCAGGGUUUGUUUUUAAGUCAUAGACUGUGUAUAUAAUAAUUUAACAACCAACUUGUAAAUGUCAUAUAUAAAACAUUGUUGGACAUAUUUUGUAUAA